AACUUUUAAACAAAAAACAUCUUCUCUUUUAAAUUAAAAACAUGUUGAAACUACAAAUCGCGACUGAGCAAGAUAGAAAAGAAGCCCAAAAUAGGGAGAGACGCAGGCAGUGCGAGUUAGAACGGAGAUCGCGCAUUUUCAAUGCGAGGAACAGGAAAAUUGGUGUCGAUGUGCCGUUUCUCGAGCGUCAGAUAGAAGAGAAGCGAGCAGAGCAAGAUGAACAGAAACGAAGGAACCUCGCCUUUGCCCAGCAGAUGAUAAAGGACAGCAACUUGGCCGUUGAGCUGGAAGCCAGAGAGAGGGAGGAGCGCCGCCGCCUGGAGCUGGAGAUAGACGAGUACAGGCGGCAGUACCAGCGGCGCGAGGACCGGCGGGAGUUCGACCUGUACGACCCACACGCGCUGAAGCAGCUGCAGCCGCGAGCCACUGACGAGGCCGUUGGACUGGCCAGCGCCCAGAAGUUUGAAGGGGAGGACUUGCAGUACGAGGAGCGUAGGAAGAUCAUGGCGGCGCAGCGGAAUGCGUGGCUGGAGCAGCAGGUCCAGGAGAGAAAGGCCGCGGAAGAUGAGAGGAGGAAGGCUGAAGACGCUUACAUGAUGGCCAUAAAAGCCAGAGACGCUCGCGUAGGCGAGCUGGACAGACUCGAGCGGGAGUGUCGGUACAGGCUGGGUCAGGCCAAUCUCAGGUACAACGAGGCGCUGACAUCAGAGAGGAGGCAGUUGGAGCAGAUGAUGAGGGAGCAAGAGGAGGCUGACAACACCGCCGAGAUGUACAACCAUCUCACGUCUGAUAUGCUGACGGAGAAUCCGGACGUGGCGAAAAGCGCUCUUGGGAAUAACAGAAUGAUUGGAUAUUUGUACAAGGGAAUGAACCAAGAGGAACAGAAAAGGUUUUACGCAGCACAAAAAGAACAAAUGGUGGCUGCCAAGAUGAAACGCGAAGACGAACAGAGGAUGGAGGCAGAGUGGCAGGCCCUAGGCAAAGCUGUGCAGAAUGAGGUGGCGCGCCAGGAUAUAGAAGAGCGAAGAAAAAGAAGGCAACUGGCAAAGCAGCUUAUGGAAGAAAAUCAGCUUCUAGCCCUCCAACAGAAGGAGAAGGAGAAAUACUACAAAGAAGUGUUCGUUAACAACAUACCAACAGAAGAAUAUUACUCGCAGUUUAAUACGACAACUAGAUAAAU